GUCCAGCAGAGGGCGUCCAUGUCGCCCAUCAACGCCACCGAGGUGACUUCCUCGCUGUUGCCGCGCUGCCUCAACACAAGCGGUCUUCUUCCGCCGCCUGCGCACAACCACACCGUCGCGCCGUCGUCGUGGUGGACGGCUCCCCAGGGGUCGACUCAGGCCGCGCUCUUCGUCCUCCUGGUGCUCGGCAUGUUCGGCUUCUUCUCCUUAGGCGUCAUGCUCAGCUUCAUCCGCUCCAGGAAGACGGAGAGUUCCCAGGACCCCUACCACCAGUACAUCGCCCGCGACUGGACCCGCGUCAGGAUGCCGUGCGCGGCCGCCCAGGCUGCAGCGUCCGUGGUCAUCUGUAACCUGGCAACAGCAGGACAGGAGCAUGAGUGACACGUGUGCCUGUCACUACGUCACAAGAAAAUGUGUUGUUUUGUUUCAUUUACAUCUUAUUCAAGUCAUAAAUGAAUUAAAAGAUGUAUCAUGGUGCAUACUUGCCAACCCUCCCGGAUUUUCCGGGAGACUCCCGGAAUUCAGCGCCUCUCUCGAAAACC